CUCCUCCCUCCCUCCCUCCCUUGUCCCUCCCUUGGCGACCGCGCGUCGCGGGGACUCCGGACCCGGCCUCGGCGUGAGUGCGGGGACUUAAAGCAGCCCGAGGCGCCGCGGCUGAGAAGAAAAGCGACCGUGACUCUCAGUCCCCGCUCCGCGUCACCGCGCUCGCCGCCGCCGCCGCCGCCGCCAUGGCCAUGAGGCAGACGCCGCUCACUUGCUCCGGCCACACGCGGCCCGUGGUGGAUUUGGCCUUCAGCGGCAUCACGCCGUACGGCUACUUUCUGAUCAGCGCUUGCAAAGAUGGCAAGCCUAUGCUCCGCCAGGGAGAUACAGGAGACUGGAUUGGAACAUUUUUGGGUCAUAAAGGUGCUGUUUGGGGUGCAACAUUGAAUAAGGAUGCCACCAAAGCUGCUACGGCAGCUGCAGAUUUCACAGCCAAAGUGUGGGAUGCUGUCUCAGGAGAUGAAUUGAUGACCCUGGCUCAUAAGCACAUUGUCAAGACUGUGGAUUUCACACAGGAUAGCAAUUACCUGUUAACUGGGGGACAGGACAAGCUGUUGCGCAUAUAUGACUUGAACAAACCUGAAGCAGAACCCAAGGAAAUUAGUGGUCAUACUUCGGGUAUUAAAAAGGCUCUGUGGUGCAGUGACGAUAAACAGAUCCUUUCAGCUGAUGAUAAAACUGUUCGGCUUUGGGAUCAUGCUACAAUGACAGAAGUGAAAUCUCUAAACUUUAACAUGUCUGUUAGCAGCAUGGAAUAUAUUCCUGAGGGAGAGGUCCUGGUUAUUACUUACGGGCGGUCAAUUGCUUUUCAUAGUGCAGUAAGUUUGGAGCCAAUUAAAUCCUUUGAAGCUCCUGCAACCAUCAAUUCUGCAUCUCUUCACCCUGAGAAGGAAUUUCUUGUUGCAGGUGGAGAAGACUUUAAGCUGUAUAAGUAUGAUUACAACAGUGGAGAAGAACUAGAAUCCUACAAAGGUCACUUCGGUCCCAUUCACUGUGUGCGAUUUAGUCCUGAUGGUGAGCUCUAUGCCAGCGGUUCAGAAGAUGGGACAUUGAGACUGUGGCAAACUGUGGUAGGGAAAACCUAUGGCCUGUGGAAAUGCGUGCUUCCUGAAGAGGACAGUGGUGAACUGGCAAAGCCAAAGAUCGGUUUUCCAGAAACAGCAGAGGAGGAGCUAGAAGAAAUUGCUUCAGAGAAUUCAGAUUCCAUCUAUUCUUCAACUCCUGAAGUUAAGGCCUGAGCAUUAAAUGGAUGCUGCAGAUACCAGAUCAUGGACUGAACAGCAGAGACGAGCAUCAGCCUUCAGUUCUCUCUGCCUGAGGCAAAGAGGACACAAAAUAUUGGGGAAUACAAAUUAGCUCCAGUGCGCGAACACUAUUCAGGGUUGCCUGUGAGUGAAAGUAGCUGAGUGUGUGAGGUGCAGACAGGAGGACCAAGCUCACGUAGUGCCAUGACCUGCUGUCUUGAACGAACAAGCCAAUGUACAGUUUCCAUCUUUACCUAAAUUCCUCAUAGCCAUUUAUGUUAUGGAGAACAAAAAUAUAUUGGCCUAUUUUUCUGACUUUACCCACAAGCCAAAUGCCUUUUUUCCUCUUGGCUUAGUUGUGAAGAAGAGGAAAUACAUGAUAAAGUAACUGGUCUGAUCUCUUUCGUUGUACACUGACUACUUCUAAACAGCUAAUAUUUUUUAGUUAUCUAAAUAAAAUGCCUUUAAAACAAAAUAACUUUUUUUUU